AUGGAGUCCAAGACCAGUCGCUACCAGUCGCGCAUUCUCAGAGAAAUGCAUCAGAAUAAAGAGAAUCCUUUCAAUUCCCCUCCUUCAUCUACCGGUUCUCACGGAACCGUCACCCUGACCUCGGAUAUUUCCUACAGCCCCGAGGGCGAGUCGACACGACGCAUGGGACGCGACGACUCCAUCAUGUUGCCAGGCCUGUCAAACAAGCAUGCGGUCCAGCGCGCACCAGACACACCCUUCAAGGUGAACACUUCGGCCAUUGGUCGAGACUUCCCCGAGUACAGAGGCUGGGACGGCGAGGAUCACACCGACGACAUCUACAACGUUACUGGCGACUAUGAGAAGCAUGAGCGCAAGGAAAACAUCCCACCCUCAUCCUCCACCGUCAACUCCCCCAGCCAGAUCGAGGCAAGAAAAGCUAGCUUCGGCACCGCUGGCACUCGCGCCCACAUGCAAGCUCGUGUUGACGAUGAUUCUGAUCACUCGGGAAGCAUCCACUCGGCAAUGUCGGCAGGAAGUGCCAGCAGGAGGCGUGCGGCCUUCAAGCCGCAGCGCGGAAACGUGACCGCCCUUAUUCAGACUCUCAAGGCCGCACAGUCUGCCCAAGACUCAACGCCGAAGAAGUCAUCCCCUCAGGCCAAGGGUUCUGAGCGAAGAUCCAGCAAUCAUCGGCCGUCGCGUCUAAGCGAAAUCCAGUCGAGUCCAGCCACAUUCAACCAAACCGCCCGUUCAUUCUUUUUGCCGAACCUCGAACACGUCAACGACCUUGUCUCCGGCAACCUGAAGCUGACCUCGGCCAAGAAUGGCAUUCCCGUGUUUGUAAAGCACGGAAAGGUCCACGAUCGCGAGUCGAAAGUCUCGCCCGAUCUUCAUGCCGAGCUUGACGCCAUCGAAGUGCCGCAGGAUGAGCAAGAGAUCUUUGUAUCACUUGAAAAGAUUCGUGAGGAAAUCCAUGCCUUGCAGGCCCACGAUGACCAAGUUUCGCGACAAGCAGAACAACUGCAAGACGAGCUCGAUGCUGUUCGGAAUAGCGGUACAAUGGGGACCGCCGUGAACAGCGAAGAGCUUCAGUCACUUCGACAGGACAACAUUGCUCUGCGAUCGCAGUAUAAAUCCAUGCUGGAGGAGAAUCGUUCCCUGCGAUCCCACAAUGCUACCAUUACCCAGCAGCAGAGCAGAGAGGAUGAUAACAUCACCCUUCGAUCGCAAUAUAAAUCCAUGGUGGAUGAGAACCGGUCCCUUCGAUCACAAAAUGCUAGCCUCAGCCAACAGAACAGGGAACUGCUGCAUGACACGAAGAGACUCCAGCGUCUGCUCGAUGCCGCGCUCGAAGAUUGCGAAAUUCUGAAGAAGGAGCUGGACGAAAUCACUGAACAUAACCAUGGUCUCGAGGUCGACCAUGUGAGCCUCGAACGCCAAAACGAGAAGUACUACAUCGAGAACAAGUCUUUGCAGCAAAAGAUUUCUCUCCUGGAACGACGCGUCCAAGAUCUCCAGGACAACAAUGAGCAGCUGCACGACAUGAUUGAUGCUGCAGUUGUCAGUCGUGAGACUGCAUUGGCCAAGCUGUCCAAGGCAAACACUGGAAAGCAGUCGGCUACCCAGCAAGAUCAGCACGCCUCAAAGGAAGCGCAAAACCCUCCUGCAAGUGCAAGCAAGGGCAAGCCUGUCAAGGUCACCAGAAUACUUGAACCUACCACGACUCGAAGUCGGUCCACCUUUAGCGAGGUUUCUGCUAAGAGUACAACCGAUCAACUGGGGACCCAGGAGCGAGAAGAUUUCACACGGCAGUUUGAGUUGACGCAAGACUCUGAUUUCGAUGUCUUGCCAGGAGGCGAAAUGGACAAAAUGAGAGAAGCCCUGCGCCAGGCUAAGCCGGAUACACAACAGAGUGCCACUGAAGAGUACGUGGUAGAUGAGGCUGAAGCAGGAAUCUCGCCUGAUGACAGCCAAAGCCUACCCCCGCAGUUUCUGGCUCAGGCACAACGCGAUACCCCUAGCAAGGUCAACGCAGGCCCCAGCAAGCGGGUGCCAUCGGGCAUUCUGAAGAACACCAACGCUUAUCAGCGCGGCACUGAGCAAGACCUGACUGGUCGCUUCAGCGUCAAGUCUGCCAUGAGUGGGGUGAGCCUUCCCAGUCAAGAAACGAGGUCUGACAUAUUUGUCAACCGUCGCCACUCGGACAGCGAGCGCUUCAAUGUCGACGUCGACGAGAACAUGACUUCUGAACUGUUCAUGGAUGACAUCACGUUGGAUUCGCGCAAGCGUGCAGCACAACUGGAGAAGAACAAGCAAUCGGCAAAAGUUGCAACAGACUCGAGGGCCAACAAGGUGGCUAAGAAGCCUAUCGCAACCUUGUCUACCGAAGCCAAGCGUGUCCUUGACGGCUUGUGCCACGACCAUGACUGCCGCAACUGCUUCGUGUGCCGGCGUAUCAAUGGACACAAGCACCAGGGUGAAUAUUCACAGGAGGUUGGCAAGAAAACCACAAUCACCGUGGAGCGGCCUGUGGCUGUUACCGAUCGCGUCGCAAACCCCGAGUCUACAGAUGCAGACAUCACCAUGAGGCCUGCACAGCACCCUGGCGUAGCACUUGCCACCGUUCUAAAGGGUCUUCAAGAUGAGCUCGCACAUACAAAAGUAGCAAUCAAUCGAAGGAAUGAUCAACUCAACGCUUUGGACCCGUCGUUCGCGCGCCGGGAGCGAAGGCAAAUCAGCACCAGGCUCCAACAGCUGAUACGUUACCGGGAUAUCAAGCAAGACCAGAUUUACCGAAUGCACGAUGUCAUAGAGGGCCAGAAGCAGACAGGUCAGCAGAUGACUCAAGCCGAGUGUGAUGUUACUGUCCAUAGCAUCGAGAACAUGCUGGGAGAUGAGACAUGGGAUGGUAUUCUUGACGAUAUUUGA